AUGUCUAAAAUUAGAAGUGAGCCGGAAUUCUGAUUGUAGGCUGUUUACGAUGUUUCCUUGUUUCACUUUUAGGGAAAUAUCAACUUGACCCUUUUUGACUUAAUCAUACACCAAUGCCAUGAAUGUGUUACAGCAUUGAAUUUUUCUGUAUCCAGUUAUGUCUGGCCAAAGUGUACGAGGCAGGAGAAAGUAUAAACUGGUGAUUUUGGGUGAUGGUGGUGUUGGAAAAAGUGCUUUAGUGAUACAGUUUGUAUGUCACAGAUUUCAAGAAUAUCAUGAUCCUACAAUUGAGGAUUCAUUUGAACAGCAGUGCCGUAUCGAUGAUGAGCCAGCUCACUUGGAUAUUUUGGACACUGCUGGACAGACUGAAUUCACUGCAAUGCGAGAACAGUACAUGAGAAAUGGAGAAGGUUUCAUACUGUGUUUCUCCAUAACUGACCGCAGGAGUUUUGAGGAGCUGGUCGCCUACAGAAAUUUGAUUAACAGAGUGCGUGCUGGGGAGGAGAUCCCCAUCAUAAUCGCUGGAAAUAAAUGUGACUUGGAGCAGAAAAGAAAGGUAAAGUAUGAAGAAGGUGUGUCACUUGCACGGCAGCUUGGAUGUCGAUACUACGAAACAUCAGCGUAUCUUCGAAAGUGUAUAGAUGAUGUGUUCCAUGGGAUAGUUCGAGAAAUUCGGGAAAAGGAGAAAGAAAAGUUUGAUCUAGAAAUGAAUCCUAAGAAGAAGCAGGGUAAAGUUCGGAAGCUCCUAACUUCUUUGCAACCAGCAUCUUUAUUUAAAAGGGGAAGUUCGUCUAAACAUAGCAAAUGAUGCAUUUUGAGGAUAUCUGCUAUUUUACUUUAUUGAGACAACUCUUCUUGUACUUCAAGACAGUUUUAUACAAAUGAUCGAAAUUCUAUUUAAAUGGGAUAUUUGGUGUUCCCCAUACUCUGUCUUUUUUUAUUGUCCUGAAAAUUGUGAAUUUUGUAACUGUUGCUCAUGUUGACGCAUGACCUAAGUGAUAGUGUAAGCUGUUGUAGGAGCUGAGAUUCUAAUAAUUGGUUAUUAUGUUGCUUAGGAAAAGUGCGGAGAUUAAAUUCUCUGAAUAAUGUCUCUAAGACAAAGCUUGUAUUGUGUGUAUAUAAGAUUUAACGUAGUCUAUUUGUCACUAGAUGGCACUCUUUCUAAAAAGUCUCCUGCUAAUUAUUUUUUAUGGAAGGAAUAACAUUCUUAGUUUUAUUCGUCUUGGUAUGUUUUGAGACAAAAUAGGGAAAAUGAGCUUGAUGUUUUUAUAUUGAUUUUAUUUACAUAUCAAAUUUAAUUGUGUGUUGACCAAUAGAAUGUUGCCUAUAUAGUUUUAUAAACAUUUAUAGUCGGUCCUUCAUUUUUUAAAGAUAGUUUUCAAGAAUGGAUGCUACAUUGUGUCAUGAUGGAAAGAUUUAUUAGAUCCUUUUUCCCAGUUCACAAGCAUUUCUACAGUUAAUACCUUAUAGCAGAUUAUUCCACUGUUUAUAAUCAUAUAAUGCAAUUGCCCUGCUUACUUAGCAUGACAACCAUGCUGUGUGGUGUUCAUGUAGGAAGAAGGUGAUGGAGACUGAAGAACAGAUAAAAAGUUAUGAUCAGUAAAUAGGGAGGUUUGACUUUCUCUGUGGACCUAAGGGCAAAGAACAGAAAAUUAUGAAUCACAGAUGUUGAUUAUUUAGAAUAUUUAGGUAGUGCCUUAAUAGAAAGAUUGUAGAACUGAUGUGGAUGGCAAUAUUGGGGGGACAAGCUUUGAAUAUUUUGGGGGCCUGUCCUGUCAGAUGAUAUAAAACUUAACACUCAUAACACACGUGGUGGGGUGUUGACGAGAUUGUAUGUUUUUUUUAAAAUGCAGCAUGCUGAUAGCAAUCUGAAAAAGCUUCCCUCUUCUCUCUCCAUAGAAAAGAUUACUACUUGUACUAUUACAACAAGUGAUCUUGCUUGCUUUUACCACUGUCACUUGUGCAUCUGACAUUCUUACGAGAAUAUCUUUCCUCUUUCUCUGAUAUGUGAAACAUUUUCUACAGUCAUUUCCAUUGGCACAACACCUUAUGAUGACAAAGUAUAUUAUUAUAUAUUUUUAUCACUUUCUAUUGGCUGCAGAUAGAACAGUGUCUUGCUUUCAACAGCAUUAUUGUUGUGAUUCAUUGAAUACAAUUGUAAUUGUGUUUUCUGUAUUCGUUUCAAGUAACAUAACAGUUAGGAUUUUCUUCAGUUACUUUGUUUUAUUUUCCCCUGUGAAAUUUAUAAUUUCAUUGUUGCUAGACCAUCACAGAGUAUUCAGCUUGUGUUUCUUCUGUUUUUCUUUUACUCCACUAACAGUUUUGAAAAGUUACUUUUGCUAUAUCUAAGUGACAUAAAGUUGAUUGCAAACUCCUACUCUACUCAGGCUACAUUUUAGCCUUUACUACCCCAACUCUGAGAAUUACAUCACUCUCUGUAUUCAGCGUAAAUUACAAAAAAAUAAGAAAGUGUCUCCAAGGUGGUUUGAAACAUUGUUCUUGUGGUCUGUACUGUUGUGGGGUUCUAUUCUGAAAUGGGCUUGUGUUUCAUCCUUAAAACUUUGAUAUAGAGGGCCUGUAAUUAUUAUUACAGGUCUUAGAGAAAUUAGUUUGUACUAUCCAUAGGUUGUUUGAGAGCCUUUUUUUUGUUUAAAGUGUACUUUGUGGUAAAGAAUGGACAAUACAUACUUUGUUUCAAUUAUUUUUGUCGAAGUACAUUACUACCCACAGUACUUAAAAGAUUUAAAUUGAAUUAUGUUAAAAAUAAAUGUAAUGUUUUUAUGCUUAUUUAUCCCAAGAAAAGUGUGUCAGUAACAUAUCAGAUUAUCUGAGGUUUCUUGUACAUUUUCCUUAUGUCAGUACUGAGCUGUACAAGUAAGAGAGCUGCUUGGGAGAUGGAUUUUGAUGUCGAAUUGAGCAACAGUUUGGGUGAUGGGGUUUUUUACGUUCGUAUUCAAGAGCUUUUAUUUCAUGGAAGACGACAAGAGAUUUUAACCCUGAGAAUUAUUUUUCAGGUGAGACUCUUGUGAGUGCUUGUGCUUGUGUGUAUGUUUGAGUGCAUGCAUGUAAUAUGUGUCUACAUGUGUAGCGAGGGGGCAGAACAUUUUUCCUAUUACUGUCUUGGCCAGUUCGGCUGGUACAAAGAUGUUCUACCUAUGCCUCAUGUUGUUCCUUGUCCAUUUUUUACCCAUUUUCCCCUCUCUUGUUCCGUCUAUUUUGUUUCUUGGCAAAGUGUUGUGGGGAAGAAUCUUCCUGAAGAGUGUAGCGGCACUGAUUGUUCUUGCCCAACAGCUGGGCGUACCUGUGACAGGCUAAGGAUUUUUAAAAACCAUUUUGUGUAUGUUUGUGUUCCUGUGUUCACAUACAAAUGUUUUCUUCCUUUUCAUUCUCCCAGAUUUUUGUUUCAUAUAUCUGUGCUAUAUAUGAAGAUUUAUAUCUCUCAUUAGGUUGUGCUUGUAUUAUAAAUUGAAUUUGUCUUCAUGUGAGUCACUUUCUGAGUGAAAAAGGUUGUUUAACUUUUCAUUGUCAUAUAUACAUGUAAACCUACCCUAGUGCCAUAAACCAGUGCAUGGCUGUGUGAGUGAUGAUUACACCUUUCAUUUUUGUGAACACAUUUUUCUUUUAAUAGACAAAGGUAAAAUGCACAUUUUUCUUUUAAUUGACAAAGUAAAAUCUAUUUAGUCUAUUACUAUUUACUUCAGGAUUGCCUUACAUUAUGUUCAAUGCCCGUUCUUACGGCACUGGAAGAUUUUGCUUUGUAAUGCUUGAUCAGUCAAAUGUUUUUCAUUUCAUCAUACUGAUAUUUGAUGUUUGAAAGCUUAUUUCAUAUUAUUUUCUUAAGGUGGAUCUCAGAGCUAUUGCACACCCUGUCAUUUCUGUCCCUGUGAUGUCCACUUGUCACGUUAUUUCACAAUUUUUGUUUGUGAUUUAAUGAAUGAAGAUAUCAUUUUACUUGUGCCUUUUGCUGAUUUGACAUUAUAUUGUCAUUUUCAUCUUGGGAGAAGUGGAAGGAAAAGAUUUUUUAUUAACUUCAGCUUUUUUUCAGUCCAUCAUCAUUGCUCCUUAUUAUCAAAAUCAAGGAAGUAGUCUGUCUUUGAUUUGGAUGAUCAGUCGGGCAUUUUUGUUUGUUUUCAGUCAGUAUCUUUUUGUUAUAUGAUAAUGCAGGCUUGAAAGAUUUUUAUACUUAUAAUUCUUGGUAAGCUUUAAGUGCUUUGAACGGAAGUCAAGUAGUUUUCAUGUCAUGAAGUGAAAUAAACAGUGCUGAACCAUCUGUUGGACAGAAUGCUAGUCCAUCUCAAGUUUUACCCCAUGUAGGUUUUUCUUCUCUCGGUGCAAGAUGGUGGAGUCGGGGGAAAAUCACAGUUUCUUUUCCAACAGCACAAAGAAUUGCUGGACUCUGCCCGAAUCAAACACAAUGCUUCUAUAGUAUAGGUGAAGUUGUGUAACAAUGUAACAAAUUGUACUUUUUGGAAACACUGAGAUGGCUGUUGAAGAGGUUUAUGAGGUGCCCUUUUUGACUUUGUGCUAUUUUUAUAUUCACAGUUUUCAGAGUGGAAUUUUUGGAAAAAAAAAAUAUUUUGCUGGAAAGUAAGUUAUUGUAAAAUUUGUGGGGAAUUUCAAGAUAAAAGCUUCACUACAACGUAUUCAUUAACUUAUGAUUUUAAGCUCUUGUAGUCGCAUAAUUCCCAUAACUGUUGAAAAGAGGAGUUUGUUGUAGCUUUCAUACGCUAUUUAACCCUAUCCGUAGGUCAUGUUUUACUAUCAUCCAUAUGACGUGGGGAACUCUGUGCCACCACUUUCCAAAGAGGAAAUUUACUCGUUAAUCCGUUCCGUAAGCUUGGCAUAGCAGUCUGUCAAAAGGAUUUUUUGAGAAAUACUGAAUGUUUCAGAGCGAUAUUCGUUCUAGAAGCAUUCUAAAAUGUGAAGAAUACAACCCCUGGGGUACAAAAUGACCCCAGGGCGUACGCAUAGGGUAAAAGAUUUUGGUAUAGAAUUACCAGCAUGUGUAGUGCAGCAGUUAGGCACUUGGCCAUCACAAGCAAAAAACCUGAGGUCGACUCACAUGUGGGAACAAUUAUGAAGUAUCUCCGUCUUUCUGCUUGGACGUUGUAUCCAUCUCAGUGUGAGUUGACCCUGACAGGCAAGAUUGAAGCAGCCUGCCUCUUAAAUUAUGUAAAUUGUGUCGAUGGGGAUAUAAAACACAAUUAUAGACAAUUUUAAAUCUAAAAUUUCCCAAUUAUUGUCAGUGGUGGUGCUUUUUUUGUUAUUGUAGCUUUUAUGUAAAAUAUGACUACUUUUAAAGGACAGAUUUAUUGUAUAAAUAAAUAUGUUUACAUGAUAUUCCCACAGGGAAGCAAGUUCCUGUAACAUUUCAAAUUUGAAAGUUAAAAUAUGUGCUGGGAGGGUAAACAUAAACAUCUCUACGAGAAAGUUGGCUUGAGGAGAAAUUUUGAAAUUAGUACGGCUUAAUACUGAUUUAUGGGGUUUUCCUCACAACUUAAAAUUAUGAUUGGCUUGUGUUAUGAUUAAUGUUUGUUAAUUAUUUUACUGGUGCUAUACUGUCGGUUAGUAUGUUUUUGUAUCAGAGAAGAAUUGAAUCUUUUAUUUGUAAUGGUGAAUUUCUUUUGUCCUGGUGAUUUCUUUAACCAACGGAAAAAGAUGUUAAUGAAAAUUAUAACUCUACUUAAACUAUGUUUUAGUUUUAGUAAGUGUUUUAUGGCAAUUGCAGCACAAUAAGGUCAUAUAAGUGCCGAAGAUUAGAGGCGUUACAAGGGAGUAACAAACACAAAAUAGAAAGAGGGGAGAUAAGGACGAUAGAUGUUUGAUAGGAAAGAAGGAGCAAACCACACCAGAGCACCCGCCAACCACCCACACUUAAUUAUGCUUUGUGAACUGAGACUGGAACAUAACAAUAUCUUUGUGUUUGACUUUACACUCAUUAUGACAGGUUCCUAGGCUCUAGUCCAUCAUGCUAUGGACAGCUGCAUCCUGUUAAUGAAAUUCCAGAUUUGGGAGUGGUAGUCCAAGUGAUUUAAAAACUUAUUUGUGUAUUUAGGAAAAGCAGCAUCUCGGCCGUAUUCGUGACAAAUAGAGUGAUAUUCACACUGAUUGGAACAUAUUGGAGUCAUUACAUUACCGGGGGGGGACUGUAAUAACAAAUUAAAUAUGCAGUACAUGCAAUAAAAUGUCAAAAUGAAGAUCUCUCGUAUGGCCAUUAGAUAUAGACCUCAGCUUUUUGUUUGAUAUAGAUCAAGUCUUACUGGUGAUGAGUAUUUAUGCAACCCACCCGCUUACAAAACCAUUGGUGACUGUCUGAGAGUUUUAUAUUCACUCAUAAUCCUUGAACUUGCCUUAUUUGGAAUGGGGAAGGAUAGUGGCACUGAAUCCAGGAUAAGUGUAAAGUAGACACUGUUUCAUCACUGUAGACUAAUGUUUGUGUCAUGUUUGGCCACAUUUUAUAAGCCUAUGAUAGUGCAUGUUGCUGGUUAAACCAAUGCAUCCAGGAAAGUACAUGUAUGAGGUUCUGUAAAUUCAAAGGGGACAAUGACAGAUAUGUUCUGCCCACUGUUGUGUCAUCUUGUGUCUUCAGGUUUUGCAGUAUAUUUGUGUUUAUUACAGUGCCUUUCUUCUUCAUCUUGAAACUGGUCUUGACUUCCCUCUUCCUUCAGCUGUAGCCUUCUGCCAUCUGUUCAUUGAUCCUAAAGUUGAUGUCUUUUAAGGUCUUGUCCACCUUGCAGGCAUUUUUAUAGAGGUAAUUACUUUUACCUCUUUCAAUAAAGGAAAUCUUUCUGUUUUCCCACACGUUCCAUGUGACAAAAGUUUCCCAGCCAUCUGAGUUAUAAAAGUACAACUACUUUGCACUUUUCCCAUAGCCAUGGGCACAAGGGUACCACAACUAACUUGGCAACCACCUCCCUCCCUCCCUCCCAGUGCUAUUUUUCUUUAAAUCCCUUGCUCAUCUUCAGGCCUGUCCAUUAUGGAAUGUUGCUUACCCGUCUCUCCUCACUUUGUAUGGGAGAUUUGUCUAAGCAAGCCCUUGUGAUCCUGUAUAAUGUCAUGUUCCCUUACAGCUCAAGUUUGCAUUGCUUUAUUGCGGUCGGUAGGUCGGUCUUCAUAUAUCUCCUAUGGGCUACCUCAUUCUGUAUUUCACUUCUUCAUUGGUAGUAGUAUGGUCUUUCCAUGAGGUUGAUUGGAGUUUAUGAAAAUGUUCUGUCUUUAUAGCUUUCAUCCUCUUCUGUAUGUGUGCUGUAGGGGUCCAUGACUCACAGAUGUAUAAAAAAGAAUUCCGAUAUGUCCAAUGAGCACAUUCUGUAUAUGGGGAUGUAAAAAUACCAACAUUUGAAGAAAAAAAAGAGAGAGAAGAAAAAACAAUGAGCAACUAAGUCUGAUCUUGGAGCUGAGAGUAAUAUUUCUAUUUCUCCAUGGAGUAGUGUAAGUACUCGUAUUCAAAACAUAAAGUGCUUAAGAGAAGAGAGCAGCUUAUUGUGAUCUCUAUCGUUAUAAUGACCACUGUUUUCAGAUUGAAGUCUAGACACUUGAUGAUGGGCUUGGAAAAGAAGCCUGAAAUUCAGAUGGGAUGACUUUUUUAAAACAGUAUUUUGAGAGAUGGUCCUGCCAAAGCAACUUCUCAAUAAUUGAAUAAACUUUAAUAGUCUUAUAUGCUUAUUUUGAAGUACAUGUGAUAGCAACUGAUGGAUCACCCUUUUUCUUUCUUUUCAUCAGUGGACUUUCACAAACAAUGUUCACGAAGGUAAGCAAUUUGCAUGAUGAGCUUUCCCCCAUUCCUAUUUUUAAAGUUAUGGAUAAGGGGAAUAUGCUCAUAUUCAAGCUGUGGCGUUUACUUUAAACUCAUUAUUAAACCUUUUUUGUUCUUUUAUCAGAAUUGCUGAUGAUCAUAAUCUUUUUAUAUUUUAAAAAAGACAUCCUUAUUUUACUCAUUUUGCAGUUUCUUUUAGCUGAACAGAAAAAAACUGUUCAAAAGCUGUUUUUAUCGAAUGGGCUGUGAGAGUAUACAUGCUUUUGUUAUAAAAGGUUUUAUUUGGAAAGAUAAAAUCAAAUCAGCAUAUUGUCACCAUCGCGAUAAGCUCAGUUAACUGCCAAAUUGUUGGUUUUUGUUUUUUGUUUUGUUUUUGUUUUUUUGACGAAAGGCAUUCUACUAAGCAUGUUUCAUAUAUGUGAAUUAAAAUUUAAUAUUUAAAUAAACAACCAAAAGUGGAAUUUUUUAGUAAUAGUAUGAUAAAUCAGAUAAAACUCUAAGCCAUCCUUUUAAUAAAUCAGUUUUUCUUUCUCCUGCGAAAUUUACUCUAUGUCACUUAUCUGAUCUUACCACAAUGGCGACGAUAUUCCUGCUUAAUUUUUUCUUUUUCCAGAAUGAUUUUCAGACUGCCUGCUGUCAGUUUUUUUUUGUUAAAAUUUAAAAUAUUUCUUCAUACUAUUCACCAAAUUUCAUAUUGUACUGUAUGUUCUGUCCUAAGAAGUGUACAGAUGUUUAUGAUGAAUGUUGACUGUUGAAACUUGGUGCAUAUGAUGUGGCUUUUGCGAUUUUUCUCAUGUGAAUUUGAUGUAAAGCAGCAAUAACACCAUAGAACGAGCGCUCUAUCAAAAAAGAAUUGUGAAAAUGAUUGGGAUGUUCAUUUAUAUUUCCGUUGAUCCAAACAUUUGAAGAGAAUUUGUAAAUAUUCAUGGGAGUAGCACUUAUUUUUCGAUAUUUAUUUUGACCGUACUAUAAAAUUCCUUGUUUCCUAUCACCUAUCAUGCUAUAUCGAAGUGAAACCUUGUACAUGUACAGUUAUUUAUUAAACGUAAAGGACUGGAAAUUGACUUGAA